ACAAGCAUGUGAAAGUACAUUUACUCAAGUGUUGUGCUUAUUACUCAGUCUAAUUCAAAGUACUUCCUACUAGGUUAUUUUUGGGUAAAAGUUUCCCAUAGCCCCUCAAGUCCAGUAUCCACAGAGGCUAAUUUUCUGAUCUCAUGUAAAAACCAUUUGGAGAUUCAAGGAUCUCACCACGCAGCAACAAAUAUGAAGCAUUCCUGGUGGCAUGUAUGUAACAGCUACUACAAUGAAAAGUAUUACAGACAUGGCUGCACCCAUAAUAUUCAUAAACAGGACUUUUACUGCGUGCAGCAUCCUGAACUCAAAUGUAUUUACUUCAACAUCAGGUACUGUCAAGUACGCCAGUGAUUUAGUCGCCUCACAGCAAGGAGGUUGUUACUCUCUGUGCCGAGUUUGGAUGUUCGCCCAGUUCAUUCGUUAUUCAUGUGCCCUGGCUUCAUCCCACACUCCAAGACAUGCACGUCAGACUGAUUGGUCAUUCUAAACUGGAGGCAGUGAGUGUACCCCACCUCUCCAACUGAUGGGAUAGGCUCCAACUUAUCCUUACAGCACAAGCUUUAUUGAUAAUGGAUAGAUGGACAUUGUGAACAUUAGAAACAUUCCACUCAGUUGUAAUCGGCUUUUGGAUCUAAUUUCUCCCUAUAUCUGUGUGGGAUUUGUCUGGGUGCUCCAGCUUCUUCUCAGUCCAUUGACAUGCUUGUUAGGUUAACUGCUAUCUUGUCUAUCUUUGUGCGUUACCACUGUUAUAGACUGACUCUGACCUUCUAAGAUAGGGGGUUAAUGGUGAUAGAUGGAUUGAUGGAUAAUGGACUUGUAGCAGUAAAUGUGGUUGAAGAGCAGCAUUAACAUAUUAAUCUAAAUUCAGUCCUGCAUCCAGUAGAAUCACAGUGUUAAUAAAUCAGUGCUCUUAAGUUCCUCAUUAUCAUUAAGAAGACACUGAAGCAUGUUGAAUACUGAUGAGAAAGAAGGUUCAGACCUCAAUUAACAACUUCUUAGACAGACACCAGUAUGUGCAGCACACUGACAGCAUGCUUUUAAGUCUGUGCUACCAACUUUUUUGGUUGCGCCCCACUGCAGUAACCCCGGAUCUCCAUCGGGUCCAUCUGCACCGCGGUCAUAGCUGGGGUAGUAGAUAAUCCACUACUGUGUAUAAAAGGCAACGUUUGCAUUCAGUUUUACCCGGACCUGUUCUCCCAGGACUGAUGAGUUGCCUCAUGACCAAUGACCAGCAGCAUAAACUCACCCAGUGACUUAAGUACUUAGGCACUUGUCAGCCUAUCAAUAGAAACUCCAUACCAAGACUUUACUCCCUUCCAUUGUUGUCCCUUAACAUCCAGGUGGUCAAAUAAUGCUCAAGUGGAUGUCUACUGUUACCAACAUAAAGAUUUUUCUUGUUGAUGAACAGUAUAUUUUUCACAUAUUAGAAUACAGCCCCGAGCGUUGGCUGGCCUCCUCAAACUGAAACAACCUCCUGGAACUGUUCUGUUCCAACACAUCGAGCAAUCCUGACGCUCUACAGGAAUUUAUCAUUCUGGGUGAAGCAUUGCAGUUUACACCUGACCUAAAAGGACAGGUACACCGAUCAGCCUCAACAUUAAAACCACUGAGAGGAGAAAUAAAUGAAUUCAGUGUUCUGUUGGGAAACGUUUGGACCUGGCAUUCAGUCAUGUGGAUGUUACAACGUUGUGUCGUUGAUUACCAACAGAAUGUAAGCAAUAGCCACUAGCCCCUUUCAGUUUCUUUGUGUGCUAAAAUGUUGGAUCCAAUUAUAACUAACUGCAACAUAAUUUCCAGUUCAGGGUUGAUCAUAAUUCCAAAGUGAGCGAUUUUCGUCAACACACACGGCAACUUUCUGUCUCGUACAUUUGUUCAUAUGUGGAUUUUGUAAAUUUUUAUUUUAUACUGUUUUAUGUAACUAAAUUUUUACUCCUCCAUAUAAAUACAUAUGUUUACUAUAAUGCCCAGUAAUCACUGCUCACUGGGCUCAUACCACAGUGUCUUAUUGCAGCUGUGCAUUUGGGCCAAAGGUCACCUAGAGGUGUUCUAGAAUGUUCUAGAAUGUUGUUGUCACAAAGUCAGAAUUCCGUUGUUCUUCCCUCUGUCUAACAAUCGUCAUUCUUCAUCUCGAAGUGACUUCGUUUACUUGCGUAUCGAGGAUUUCCUGAGAGCUUUAACACGUUUCACCCGACUCGUUGUAAGACAUUCAUCGUUUUAGUUUAGUCAGUUCCGUAUUCAGACAGCCUAUCCUAUCCAUGGCGUUCACUGAAGGAAGUAGAGGCAUCUACAGCCCCAUCAGGGUGUUCUUUGACACCAUCGUCUAUGAGCGGCCUCUUCAGAACUGCUGGCAUCACGGCUCCUACAAGUGUUAUAUUGCACUUAUUGCUGAACUUUUGCGGCUUCAACAGAACAAACAGCUCUCAGCUAACAUAUCUGUUGAAGACAUGAUGGAGCUGCUGAUGGAGGAGAGCAAGAAGACUCUCAGAAUCCAGAUGUGGGAGUUUGAAAUGGACGGCUUCCAUAAGACCUACGCCAAACCUCUUGCCCAGCUGGUGUGGGAAGUGAGCAACAGCAUGAAAAAUAGAGAUGUGGAGUUUGAAGCCAGAAGGUUCCUCCACACCUCAGAGCCCAUGCCUCACAACUUCCAACAUCCCAUGAUCAUCAGCCAGGCCAAGGAGUUUGCCAGGAGGCUGACAGAGCAGCAGUGUGAGGCCCCCAGCUCCAAACAGCCUGAACCAUGGGAGGUGGUGGCGGAGGUGGUUCCCAAAGUCCUGCAGGGCUUCUGGGACCUUCCUCCAGGCACUUGUGUUGACAUGCCCUCCAAGAAGCUCUGUAAAAUAGCUGUUGGAGUCACAAAAGCUGUAGAGGACCGGGUCUACGCUGCUCUGUCGUCCAUAUUCGUGCAGUUCACGUACACUCGCGCCAUACGAGACGACAUGGUCCAGUCUAUCCAGGACAAAGUUAGACAGGCCUACACCGAAGACGUCUGUGCCAUGUUGGUGCAAAACAUGGUGAAAAACAUUGAUGUAUUUUAAUGUUACUGUGUAUUUACCUUUGUUUUGGCAUAAGUCGGGUGGUUGUCCCGCAGGUGGCAAAACAUAUUAGACGUGUUUCCUCCUUUGACUGCAAUUUUUUUUAUAACGUGAUUUACAUGCUGGCAAGCCGUCCUCAAAAACGACACCAUGGUUGUUUUUCCUGUAUCCAAAAUUUGGAGGGACCAAAACAAAGCAACACACGUGGGUGCUGCGUAACUUUGUUUUCGUUCCGUUUGAGUUGCCCUUAACUACGGUUCCGGCAUAAUAUUUUCUGACAGUAUUCAGGAAACGUUAUGAUCAAUUAAUCGUAGCUCUUAACUGUGAAAUCGAGUAAUUGUGACAUCCCUGUAGGUGGCUGUUGCAUUUGUCCGGCUUGAUGCUUGGAAACCGCGUCAAUACGAACAGAUCCAGUCGUUGGAAAACAUAAUGGAUCUGGGGUUAUUGUCAAGAAAGAAGGCACAUUAAACUGAAUAUUUCCUGCUGUGUGGGCACGCCCCACCUGUCACAACUCCGUCCCCCACCAGUGGGUCACGCCCCACACAUUG